AUGCCAGUCAUCAGUAGCCUUCCCACUCAGGUUCAGCCCCUCCAGAGGAGAGACACGGCCAACACUACGUCCUCGAACGGUACAAUGGGAAGUUCAUCCAACGAUGCGGCCCGUUGGGAAUGCCCUUGUUGUGGAAAGGGGUUUCAACGGAAGUACAACUGCGAGCGACACAUCUGGGAAGUUUGCCAGUCCCCCGGAGAGACAUUCUUCUGUCCUUAUCCCGAAUGCUUGGCUCCACACAAGCGUAGGAGCCGCUUGAAGGCGCACUUCAAAAAGCAUUUCGCCCCAGACAAGAACAUGAUCAAGCGGGCCCUCGAGUGGUUCGAUUCAUGGGUUCCCGACAUCGGAUACCAGUUUUCGAACAACGAAGACGAACUCAACGCUUGGCUCGACUCACUCGUUGCAGAGACUGCGACGGACACCCGCACUCAAGGUUAG